UGGAAGAUGGUGGCAGGAAAGUUGAGUGUUUCGUGGAAACCACAUCUCGGCAGCAGUCUAGAGUAUUCAGAUCGAGACAUUCCAUCACAUCUCACUCGAGGAAACGUGUUAGUUGGUAAUGCUACAAGAGAUGACGUUUCGGAUGGCAUUGUGGGCACAGCUGACUUGCUAAGUGAGGAAUUGAGGCCUUCAGAUGGAGUGUGUGGCAUUCAGUUGUCAUACUACAAACCUGAUGAGGCGGGCAAUCUGACAGUUUACUUGCAAUUGAUGAACAAGCAGUUAAUGAAGCUGCAGACAUUAAAUUCCGGGAUAAGAAGAAAUGGUUAUUGGUCGAGGCAGUAUGUUCCAUUUGAUGUGAUUGGACGGGUACGAUUAGUGCUCAAGCUGGAAGUGUCUUCAAGUACACUGCGACCAGUUGCAGUCGACAACAUUCAAUUUUUAUCUUGUUCAGUGUGUACAUUUGAAUCUGAUUACUGUGGCUGGACAAAUGUCCAAGGAAAAAGAUACAUUCAAUGGACUAACCAUUCUCGUACAACAAAAACUGGUAGCACGGGCCCAAGCUAUGACCACACGUAUGGGAUUGAUGGUACAUCUGGUUACUAUCUCUACAUACAAAAACCUGAUCAAAGUACAGAAAUAGAGACUGCAGUUUUGACGAGAAAUCUCACUGUUUUCGAUCACGUUUGCUCAUUGUCAUUUGCAUACCAUAUGUAUGGCAAUGAUGGAGAAGUCGGGUCACUAAUGGUAUCUGUUAAUGCAUCAAAUAAGGUCUUUGUGUUGUGGAAAAUGUCAGGUAAUCUUGGAGACAAGUGGCUGACAGCAGUCGUUCCUCUGGGAAAGUACAUUAGCAGUACAACUAGCCAACUUGCUAUCGUUGCUAAGACAGUGGCAAAUGGACGUCGAGGUGAUAUUGCCAUUGAUGAUGUCGAACUUCGUUCGUGUGCAGUGACCGACUCGUGUACAUUUGCUCAAGACUCGUGCAACUGGAGAAACGACGACAACAGUUUUGUUCAAUGGAAGAUUCAACAAAACAACAAUGCCACAUCACACACAAAUGUAAUGGUUGCCAAUUUCUCAUCGAUUUCCAUUCCCAACAACGGGUAUGCUGCACUGAGAGGUCCAUCUGUCUUUCCUGGUGACUUCAUUUGCUCAUUACGACUGCAUUACACAACAUCAGGACUAAACAACAGCGAACUUCGUCUGCAAUCGAUGAAUUUGACUGGAGGAUACGACAUGGUAACAGACCUGCCGAUUUCAUUGAGGACAACAAGUUGGAUUAAGGAAUUUCAUUUGCCUCCCUGGCCAGCAUUUCCUGUGAUUUAUGCAGAGAGGAUUGAUGGAGAGAAUGGAUCAAUAGUUCUACACAGUUUAGAGUUCAUCUCUUGUCGUUAUACAACAUUUGAGGUUGAAAAACAAUUUAUUCUAUGGAAGGAAUCAACAUUCUCCAAAUUCAACGGCCGUUGGUUUUUAUUAACAACUGGUUCAAAACAUCUACAAAAUGUUCAACCACCUGAUGAUCACACAUACAGACAAUACAGACAACAUGGUCACUAUCGUGGUCACUAUAUAAUGCAAGCUCAAAUGAAAAGUCAAAACAGUGCAGUUCUCAUUACGUCAGUCAAACAGAAUAAUAUUUGUGGAAUUCGAUUCUGGCUUUAUCGAAACAUAGGGGCACGAUACAAAAUUGAUGUUUCAGCAAUUUAUCGUGGUGGUUUGCCAACACCGCUGCAUGCAAGCAGAGCAAGUGAUCAUGAUCUUGAAAUUUGGCAUUCUAAAGAGGGAGCUACUCAGAUGGAUAUCUUUGGUGCUAAAAUUAUGUUACAGUUGACUUCUUGGAAUUCAUCUAAAGGCCGAGUUGCUAUUGACGACAUUGAGUUUACGGAAUGUGCAGUUACCCAGAGGGUAUGUACCUUUGAGACCGGGUUAUGUGGUUGGAAAGCCUCCACAGAUGCAUCCCGUACAGCAACAUGGAUUAGAUGGCGAGGACCACCUCACCAAACAUCAUCUCAUCUGAACAGCGACCACACCACACAGACAUCUCGUGGACAUUAUCUUUACAUGACGACAUCUCACGCUGCUAUCGAUCAUGUUGCUGUAUUGCAAGGUGUUCCUUUCGUCGUACAAUCGAAAAACAUGAGAAUAUGCAACAUCAGCUUUUGGUAUCACAUCAAGGGAAACGCAUCACUCAAUUUGAGUGUGAUCACUCCUACCCAAUCAUACACUUCAGUUAUCUAUUCUGAAGGAAUUCCAGUGUAUACGUCAAUUAUGAAGGAUACAAUGUGGCAUUAUGUUAUUGAAUCGGCUCCAUCAGUGGUGAAUGACACAGUGGGACAUGUUGAGUUUUUUGCAGUGAUGCAUGGUACAAGUGACUCUGUGACUGUUGCUCUUGAUGACAUCACAUAUCUGCCUUGCUCAAGUGACGAUUCUACAACAAAAAUUCCACCAACUGAUCAGUUGGCCUCACAGUCAACAAGCGACACAACAAGUUUUACAACCAACGUGACACCAACUCUGACAUCGAAAUCAAGUUUGCCAACAACUUUUAAGCCAACAUUGAAAUCAACGAGAACUGCCAGUAUUGAUGUGAGAACGACAGUGAAGAACACGGAUGUGGCAACAACCACAGAAGAAACCACUACAGAGACAACCAUGGAAACAAAACAUAUGGAGAUGACCAUGAAAACAACAGAUAUGGAGAUCACCAUGGAAACAACGGAUAUAGAGAUCACCAUGGAAACAGUUGGCAUAGAGACGACCAUGGAAACAGUUGGGGUGGAGACAACCAUAGAUCGGAUGAGAGAAGGGCCGUCGAAAGAGAUGCAAUCUGCAGAUGAAGGCUUGCCUGUUGCUGCGAUUGGUGGAGCCGUUGGUGGCGGUGUUGUGUUGCUUGCUUUUGUUUGUAUCUUAAUUGUGAUCAAAUGUCGCAGCUCUUAUACUAAAGAUGGUACCCCAGUACUUAAACAGAACCCUGCCUACAACCAAGUAUCUUUGUCAGUACAGAAAAGUUCCGAAAACGCCGGAGUUGACAACACCGCACAUCUAGUGCGCAGUCCUGCAUACAGCCCCGUGUCUUCUACUUUAGCAUCAAACAACAAUGAAUUACUAGAAUAUGAUUAUGUUAAGCCUGACAUUUACAAAAAGUAUUGCUAGACAUUCAAAAACGCAGUUUAAUGCGUUUACAAUUGCAUUACUAUUACUACUAGUUAUAUAUUGAAUGAAAAAUUUAUAGCUGUGUUUAUAUUCUAGACACCGCGUCGCUUCCACAGCUAGAGGAGCCUUCAAAACCACCAUAGAAUUGUCACGAAUUUAGACGCUAGUUUCUUUCUAUAGACGCGCUAUACUUGGCAUGGCUAUUAUUUACUACUAAUUAGGAGCCGCAGCUCUAGAGAGCAAACGCUGAGCAUUUUGCAAUCAUUACACCGAAUAUAGAGUCCCGGAUCUGAUGUCGGUCAUUUCCUAAUCUCGGUCACUCGUUCUCUGCCAAAUAGCUGCAUCCAGACCUAGCUACUACGCUAGCGUCAUAGUCCUACUGGAUAGCAACUAGGUAGAGCGGGUCACGUCAGUAUCCGUCGUAACGUUGCUGCUGUAGAACUUGAAAACUGAUCGCACCUAUUCUCGGUCACAGAGUAUCAUAUCUCGGCUCCCUAGAUGACUUCCUUUCGCCAAAUUGUUGGUU